CAAGAUCCACGCCUGGGAAACUGCCUGAAUUCCGAGGGCGAAAUCCGCUCCCCUUCGUCGCUCCGCUCCAGGAAAAUCAGCUCGACUCGCCCGGUAGCUCAGGUGAAAUUCCCCACGUUCGCCUGUUUCACAGCCGGUGAGAUCAGCUGAAUUCGCCCCGUGGAAUCGAGUGAAUUUCCCCAGCGAAACCAGCUAAGUUCACCCCUUCGACCCGGGGAAAUCGGCUCAAUCCGCCUGCCGGCGUCAGUGAAAUCCCGGGAAUCCGCCCAGGCCAGCUGCUCACUUCGCCCGGCCAGAAGCUAACUCUGGAGACCCCUGCCCCGAGGAAGCCGAGCCCAGCCACGCCCGCAGCCAUGAGUACCGAAAGUCUGGUCUGCGACAUCGAGAAGGGGGGCGUUAUCGUGGUGCGGGAGUCGCGGCCCGGCGACGGCCGCUGGAAGUGUCUCAGCAUCUGCUCCUUCCUGCUGCUGAUGGGAGCCACGGCCGUCUUCGCUCUGCUGCAUUUCAGAAACGGGGGGCCCGUGGUGAGCCAGGACCCCAAAGAACCCAGGAGUUCGGGCCACACACAGCAACUCACAGGUCCGAUGACGAUGAAGUUGCAAGCCCAGUCGCUGAACAAGCCAGCUGCCCAUGUCGUCGCAUCCACUGACUCCAAAGAACUGAUCUGGACUGACAAAGUGGCACACACCAUGAUGCAGAACGGGAUGGCACUGGUAAACAACAAGCUGGUGGUCCCGUCCGACGGCCUCUACUUCAUCUACUCCCAGGUGGUCUUCAAGGGAGACAAAUGUCCGGAGGAGUCCAUUUAUCUCCAGCAUACCAUCUUUCGCUACUCCGUAGAGUACCCAGAAAACGUUGCCUUGCUGAGGGCCAUCAAGUCGUUCUGCGAGGGGUCCAAGGCAGCCAAGAACGAGAAGGGGGUACAGUUCGAGUCCAUCUACCAAGGAGCUGUCUUCCAGUUGAUGAAAGGCGACGAGAUCUCCUCUGAAAUCCACUCGGCCCAAUAUUUAGAUCUGAACAGCAACGGGCAGGUGUAUUUUGGGGUGAUCGCAUUGGAAUUAGGAGUUCCCCAAUAAUGAUCCACCAUCUUCCAUCCUUGGCCAACUCAUCCUCCAUCCUUGGUCAACCCACCAUCUUCCAUCCGUGGUCAACCCUUCAACCCUCCUACCCAACUGGCCUCCAAAGCCAAGACUGCCAUCGCGCAUCCCACCACACCAAACUGACUAUCAGAGAUGCUCGGAAGACCUCUAUGGACGUCCUUUAUGCCUCUCUGCCAAUAUGCCCCAUGGGGCCACAGAUGUGCCCACCUCUAGGGACCAGAGGGGACCAAAAUCUCUUUAGACUUGGCUUGUCUGCGGCGGUCAGGAUGGGGCAUUGGGUUGCAUCUUGGUAGGACCAAACAAGAACCUACCAAGAGAAUGAUACACCUGGUCAGAGCCGCUGAGCUACAAAAAUGUUGUGUUAACUAAUAUUGUGUUAUUUUUAUGGUUAUUAUUGGUAAUUAUUGUGGCUAAUAAUUUAUUUAUUUAUGUAUUUAUAUUUAUUGGGGUUAACAAAGCUGUGUUGGUGCAUGGAGAGAUUUUUUUGUGUGUUGUACACACCUACGGCAAGUGUAGGCGAUGGUGCGUGUGCCCACACAUUCUAAAAUUCUAUAUACGCAUCAG